AUUACUAUUAUUUAGGAACGUACUUUCGACAUGCAUGCGCAAGAUUUGAACGAUGAAGCAAAACAGCCGUUACAUUUCUUAGACCUCGACACGUUGUGCGCGGGCAAAGUAGAGUUCGUGAAAAUGAAUAUCACGCUGGAUUACGUUAAGAAAAUGACCGAGGACCUGUGGGAUGGGCUAGGGGACGGGGAGCUGUUGUCCUGGUCUCCGGCUGCGGUGGCCUGCGCUACGGCGGCCUUUCUUAUGGUGCCUGUGACAGUCGCCCUUCUUAAGAAAUGCAAGCAGGGCACUCCUGCUCUGGAUAAACACGCCGAACUGUUGUCAUCAGUCCAUUUCUAUUCAGGAUCACCACCUGAUGCCAAUAACAAUAAGCGUUGUAUUGAAUUGCUGAGUAAAUUUCCUGAACUAGUCAAUCAGCCAUUGACAAAGGAUCAUUAUACUUCCCAUGGGUAUACUCCUUUUCUGAGAGCUUGUUGGAACAAUAAUUUUGAAUUAAUCAAGUUCAUGCUAUCUGCUGGUGCUGAUAUUCGUCUCACAAAUUCAGAUGGUGAGACAGCACUCUAUCUAGUUGCGUAUAGAGUUAGUAAAAGUCAGACGUGGGAUCCAAAAGCACUUAAUCUGCUGUGGAAUGCUGGAUGUUCAGUGGAUGACGUAAAUGUUCACAACAACUCGAUGCUUCACUUAGCAGCCAAGGCAGGGCAUGCAACUUUAACUCGUUGGCUCUUAUUGCAUGGAGCUGAGCCUAAAGUAAUGAAUGAAGCUGGCUACACCCCGUACAAGUUGGCGCUAAAGAAAGGUUCAACGGCACACAAGCUUGUGGCAGCUUUAUUGGAUCAUCGAGCUACUACCAAUGAAGAUCGGAAGGUGGUUGUGCGCUCUGAUGGAGUAUAUUUGGAGCGCGGUGUAUCAUCAUUGUUGUAGUAAGCUACAUAACUUACUGUUUUGUUUUUUGAAUUGAACAUGUACAAGACUAGUUACUUAUUUUAUCUGUAAAUUUGUAACAUAUGUAGCUAUUUUAUUUUUUAUUUU